UCUUAACUCGAAAGUAAAGUAAAACUAAAAGGUAUACUUUUUUCAAUUUUUGUAAGCUGUAUCCUCAAACAUAAGUGGUCUAGCAGAACUAAAUUACCAUGUCUGACCAAGACAGAGGAGAUCGCGGGAGAAGAAGACCCAGAAGGAGGGGAGGUGGACCAAACACUGGCAACAGAAAGAUUGACAGGGAGACCUAUGAGGCAGAAUACCAAUCCUCCAAGCCAACAAUUAUAUUGGCCAAGCCUGCAGCACUAGACUCGGGAGGAGGUGUCCUCAGUACAAGCCCCUCUUCAACUUCCUCCGCAAAACCCGACAAACCUGUUGUCAUGGCAAUCAGAUCCAGGGAUGAAUCCUUCUCUUCAGGCUCUCCCAGUGUUUCAACAGGGGAGCCAACUCCAUCACAAGUUUCCUCAUCCUCGCACAGAACUCCUGUCGGCCUUGUACAGACAGAUGGCUCCAACCGCCUAUCUGCUCCCCCAGAAAUGAACCAAGGUGUUAAGAUCGUGGAUGAAUCUCAUCAGUGGAGCGAUGCAGGGAUGGAAGUGUUACUGGACCAGACCGAUUUCUUUGUGGUCGGUGUUCUCGGACUACAGGGAUCUGGAAAGUCAACUAUUUUGUCUCUCCUUGCUGGAAAUAAUCCAUCAGACAACAUCAGGCAGUACAUAUUUCCACCCCAGAGCAAAGAGAGCAAGGAGCUCUCUGAACACCAGACCACCGGGAUUAACAUGUAUGUCACCGGGGAGAGGACCAUAUUUCUGGAUACACAGCCCAUCAUGAGCCCCUCUGUUCUAGACAAAAUAAUCCGCCAAGAGAAAAAGAUUCCCCCUGAAUAUAGCACAGCUGAAAAUUGUGUUGAGAUGCAGUCCUUGCACCAAGCAGCCUUCCUCAUGUCAGUGUGUCACAUCAUUCUAGUGGUUCAAGACUGGUUCACAGAUAUCAACCUCAUCAGAUUUCUGCAGACAGCUGAGAUGCUGAAACCUUCCACUCCUUCCUCUAGUCAUGAUAGUUCAUCAGGAUCGGAAGAGACCAAUGACUAUUAUCCAAGAGUGGUUUUUGUGCAGAAUAAAUGCACCAGAGACCACUUCAGCAGAGAAACACACAAGGCCAUGCUUUCGACUUUCUCAAAAAUGUUGGAUACAUCUAAAUUAAAGCUCAAAGGAGAAGUAUCAAUGGCCAGGGGAAACUUGGUGUCAGGGUUACCAAAGCAUCACCAAUCAGAUGUCAACUUGUAUUUGUUUCCAAAUAUGGAAAACAAGAAAGACUCACAAGACACCAUUCUGACCCUGCUGCCAGAGUACAGGGGAUACCCCAGCGUGACUACAUUAGUGAAUGGCCUGAGGAAACAAGUGUACUCCAUGCCCAAAGACACUCUGACCCACACAACACUCUCAGAGAAAAACUGGUUUCAUUAUGCAGCCAGAACCUGGGAGGCUGUAAAAAAAUCACAGUUAAUGGCAGAAUACAACAGACUACUACACUGAGCAAAGGGAAGAUUACAACGGAAUUUUACAUUUAUGAUAAUCAACAGAUUACGGUAUAUUGGUGGUAUCCAACAGCCAAUUACUGUCAAACAAGUUGAUUGAGUGCUCGGGAUAACUUUCCAAUGUCCAGCAGAGUGAAUUAUAGAAUAUGACAGAAUAAAGCUCUUGAGCGUAUUAUGCAGUUGCAUCUGACUAUUGAUGGAAAUAUGGAACAACACCAUGUCAAUGUUGAAAUACAACAAACUGCUUCACAAAUCCAAUACAUGUACAUAAAGUUACGGUAUUUGAUAGCAUUGCCAUGUGCAGUACAAUAAACAAUUAGCUAUAAAUGGUGAAAAAAACAGUAAAGUAAUGAUUGAGGAUGGUGGACAACAUGGUAUUAAAGUUAGUGAUGGAAUGCAGCAGAGCUUGGGACUUGCGUGAAACUCAAAGAUGACAAUUUCGGUAAAAACUGGACCAAUCCAAAAGCAUCUUAGAAGAAAGAAACUUGUUGUAAAACUUGUGGAUUUACUUUUGUUGUGUGAUUAUUGUACAAUAUUAAAUGUGCAAUAUUUAA